CUUAUCUGAGGCGACAGCGGCUGCGGCGGGUGUGGCUCGUUGCGUUUGGGGGAAAAGGGUGCCGAAGCUUCAGGGGGCUCCCUUCCUGACAUGCCGUUGGAUUGAAAACAAACUACAGCAUCCAUCCUGGGAGGUGUCUGUUGGUGGUGAAUUUUGAACAUGUUGAAGUUUAAGUAUGGUGUGCGUAAUCCUGCGGAGAUAGGCAUGAUGGAGCCCAUUGCCAGCCGUGUCUCUAGACUUAACCUGCUUUUACAGGGGAAGCUGCCCUCUGUGGCACAGCAGCAGAUGUCUCCAUUUUCCAGGGAAGGCAUUUUGGACUCCCUAAUGGUGCUUUUCGAAGAAUGCAGCAACCCUGUCUUAAUGAAAAUCAAGCAUGUGGGCAAUUUCAUUAAAAAGUAUUCGGACUCUGUAGCAGCAUUCCGAGAACUUCAGCCUAGUGUGAAGGACUUUGAAGUCAGAAGUCUGGUGGGAUGUGGUCACUUUGCAGAAGUGCAGGUAGUGAGAGAGAAGGCAACUGGCGAUGUGUACGCCAUGAAGGUGAUGAGCAAGGAGACGCUGCUGGCACAGGAUCAUGUAUUAUUCUUUGAGGAAGAAAGGAAUAUAUUAUCCCAGAGUACCAGCCCUUGGAUUCCACAGUUGCAUUAUGCAUUUCAAGACAAAAAGAAUCUUUAUUUGGUUAUGGAAUAUGAGCCUGGAGGAGAUCUUCUGUCCUUCCUAAACAGAUAUGAGGAUCAACUUGAUGAAAGCACUAUUCAGUUUUAUCUAGCGGAGUUAGUUCUGGCCAUCCAUAGCGUCCAUCAAAUGGGCUAUGUCCACCGAGAUAUUAAGCCAGAGAAUAUUCUUAUUGACCGAACAGGACACAUCAAGCUGGUGGACUUUGGGUCUGCCGCCAAACUGACGGUGGAUAAAAAGGUGGAUGCCAAACUGCCAGUUGGCACCCCAGAUUAUAUGGCUCCAGAGAUGCUAACAGUUCUGAAUGGCAAUGGCAAGGGUUCAUAUGGAUCAGAAUGUGACUGGUGGUCUCUAGGGGUGGUUGCUUAUGAAAUGAUGUAUGGAAAAUCACCAUUUACGGAAGGAACCUCAAGCAAAACCUUCAAUAACAUAAUGAACUUUCAGAGGUUCCUGAAGUUCCCUGAGGAUGUGAAAGUCAGCAAAGAAUUCCUUGAUCUGGUGCAGAGCUUACUGUGUGGGCAGAAAGAGAGACUAGAUUAUGAAAGCCUCUGCUGUCAUCCAUUUUUUUCUACAGUUGACUGGAGUGGCAUCCGUAACUCUCCUCCCCCCUUUGUGCCUACCAUCAAGUCUGAUGAUGACACCUCAAAUUUCGAUGAACCAGACAAGAAUUCACGAAUUGUAUCCUCUCUGUGCCAGCUGAACCCUGCAGGUUUCUCAGGAGAAGAUUUGCCGUUUGUAGGGUUCUCCUUCAUCAAGGCAUUGGGGAUUCUCCGAACAGAGUCUGCUUUGGGUUUGGAUUCCCCAGCCAAGAUUAACUCCAUGGAAAAGAAAAUCCUUCUUAAGAGUAAAGAGCUGCAAGACACCCAGGAUAAGUGCCACAAGAUGGAGCAGGAAAUGACGCGCUUGCACCGCAGAGUAUCGGAGGUGGAGGCUGUACUUAGCCAAAAGGAGGUGGAACUGAAAGCCUCCGAGACCCAGAGAUCCCUCCUUGAACAGGACCUGGCUACCUACAUCACAGAAUGCAGUAGCUUAAAGCGAAGUCUGGAGCAGGCUCGGAUGGAAGUGUCUCAGGAAGAUGACAAGGCACUGCAGCUCCUUCAUGAUAUCAGGGAACAGAGCCGGAAGCUUCAGGAAAUCAAAGAACAGGAGUAUCAGGCUCAGGUGGAAGAGAUGAGGCUAAUGAUGAAUCAGUUAGAAGAAGACCUCAUUUCAGCUCGCAGGCGGAGUGAUCUUUAUGAAUCGGAAUUGAGAGAGUCCCGAUUGGCUGCUGAAGAGUUCAAACGUAAAGCCACGGAAUGUCACAACAGGCUCCAGAAGGUAGCUAAGGUUAAAGAUCAAGGGAAAACGGAAGUAGGAGAGCUGUAUUCCAAACUGGAGAAGGUGAAUGCAGAACAGCAGGUCAAAAUCCAGGAGCUACAGGAGAAGCUGACAAAGGCAAUGAAAGCCAGCUCGGAGGCCACUGAACUCCUUCAGAACAUACGCCAAGCGAAAGAAAGAGCCGAGAAAGAACUGGAGAAGUUGCAAAACCGGGAAGACUCUAACGAAGGCAUGAAAAAGAAAUUGCUCGAAGCAGAGGAAAGGCGCCAUUCUCUGGAGAACCAAGUGAAGCGAUUGGAAACGGUUGAACGCAGAGAGAACCGACUGAAGGAAGAUAUCCAGACGAAAUCUCAGCAGAUCCAGCAGAUGGCGGAUAAAAUUUUGGAAUUAGAGGAGAAGCAUCGGGAGGCACAGCUCUCUGCACAACACCUGGAGUUGCAUCUGAAACAGAAAGAGCAGAUGUAUGAAGAAAGGAUCAAAGUGCUUGACCACCAGAUGAAAAAAGAUCUUGCAGACAAGGAUGCGCUCGAGAACCUGUUGAGAAAACAUGAGGAGGAAGCCCAUGAAAAAUGCAAAAUUCUUGCAGAACAGAAGGCAAUGCUCAAUGCCAUGGAUUCAAAGAUUAGGUCUCUGGAACAGAGAAUAGUGGAACUGUCUGAAGCUAAUAAGCUUGCAGCAAAUAGCAGCCUAUUUACGCAGAGGAACAUGAAAGCCCAAGAAGAAAUGAUUUCUGAGCUCAGACAGCAGAAAUUUUAUCUGGAAACUCAAGCUGGAAAAUUGGAGGCCCAGAACAGUAAGCUGGAGGAACAGUUGGAGAAGAUCAGUCAUCAGGACCACAAUGACAAGGCUCGCUUGUUGGAGCUGGAGACUAGAUUGCGAGAGGUUAGCCUUGAACAUGAAGAACAAAAAUUGGAGUUGAAGCGGCAGCUUACAGAAUUGCAGCUCACCCUCCAGGAGAGGGAAUCUCAGAUUUCGGGGUUGCAGGCUGCCCGCGCAGCCCUGGAAAGUCAACUCCGGGAGGCUAAAACUGAGCUAGAGGAGACCACGGCUGAGGCAGAAGAGGAGAUUCAAGCUCUGACGGCUCAUAGAGAUGAAAUCCAGCGUAAAUUUGAAGCCCUUCGUAAUAGCUGCACAGUGAUUACAGACUUGGAAGAGCAGCUGAAUCAGUUGAGUGAGGACAACGCUGAGCUGAACAACCAGAAUUUCUUCCUGUCCAAACAGCUAGAUGAGGCUUCGGGGGCAAAUGAUGAGGUAGUGCAGCUGCGAAGCGAGGUAGACCACCUCCGUCGCGAGAUCACGGAGCGAGAGAUGCAGCUGACCAGCCAGAAGCAAACGAUGGAGGCCUUAAAGACAACCUGCACGAUGCUUGAAGAGCAGGUGAUGGAUCUGGAGGCUCUGAAUGACGAACUGCUUGAGAAGGAGCGCCAAUGGGAGGCUUGGCGGAGUGUUCUGGGGGACGAGAAGACCCAGUUCGAAUGUCGGGUUCGAGAGCUGCAGAGAAUGUUGGAUACAGAGAAACAAAGCAGAGUGCGAGCAGAUCAGCGCAUCACUGAAUCCCGUCAGGUGGUGGAGCUUGCUGUUAAAGAACAUAAAGCAGAAAUCCUGGCUCUCCAGCAAGCGUUAAAGGAGCAAAAACUCAAGGCUGAGAGCCUUUCCGACAAGCUUAAUGAUUUGGAGAAGAAGCAUGCUAUGCUGGAGAUGAACGCGCGUAGCCUGCAACAGAAGCUUGAGACGGAGCGUGAACUCAAGCAGAGGCUUCUGGAAGAGCAAGCAAAGCUGCAGCAACAAAUGGAUCUACAGAAAAAUCACAUAUUUCGCCUGACUCAAGGCCUGCAAGAGGCUUUGGAUAGGGCAGAUCUUCUGAAGACUGAGAGAAGUGACCUGGAGUACCAGCUAGAAAAUAUCCAGGUUCUCUAUUCCCAUGAAAAGGUGAAAAUGGAGGGCACCAUUUCACAACAAACCAAGCUCAUUGACUUUCUGCAAGCAAAGAUGGACCAGCCAGCCAAAAAGAAAAAGGGCCUGUUUAGUCGACGGAAAGAGGACCCUUGUUUACCCACACAGGUUCCUCUGCAAUACAAUGAGCUGAAGGUGGCGCUGGAGAAGGAGAAGGCCCGUUCGGCUGAGCUGGAGGAGGCCCUUCAGAAAACGCGCAUCGAGCUCAGAUCUGCUCGAGAGGAAGCUGCCCAUAGGAAAAUUACAGACCACCCUCACCCAUCCACUCCUGCCACGGCCAGGCAGCAGAUCAUCAUGUCUGCCAUAGUCCGAUCACCAGAACACCAGCCCACGCCCAUCAGUCUGCUUGCUCCUCCCUCAAGCCGCAGAAAGGAGUCUUCCACACCAGAGGAGUUUAAUCGGCGUCUGAAAGAACGGAUGCAUCACAAUAUCCCUCACCGGUUCAAUGUGGGGCUGAACAUGAGAGCAACUAAAUGUGCAGUUUGCUUGGAUACGGUUCACUUUGGACGACAGGCGUCUAAAUGUCUUGAAUGCCAGAUGAUGUGCCAUCCAAAGUGCUCAACCUGCUUGCCGGCUACUUGCGGCUUGCCUGCCGAAUAUGCCACGCAUUUCUCCGAAGCCUUCUGCCGGGACAAAAUGAACUCUCCAGGUCUGCAGCUGAAAGAGCCAAGCAGCAGUUUACGGCUAGAAGGAUGGAUGAAGGUGCCAAGAAAUAAUAAGCGUGGGCAGCAGGGCUGGGACAGGAAGUAUAUAGUUCUGGAAGGAACUAAAGUGCUUGUUUAUGACACAGAAGCAAGAGAAGCAGGACAGAGGCCUUCGGAGGAGUUUGAGCUGUGUCCUCCAGACGGAGAUGUGACUGUCCAUGGAGCUGUGGGCGCAACUGAGCUCUUAAACACUGCUAAGACAGAUGUGCCAUAUAUAUUGAAGCUGGAAUCUCAUCCUCAUACCACUUGUUGGCCUGGCCGGACUCUCUACUUACUCACGCCCACUUUUCCUGAUAAGCAACGCUGGGUCAGUGCGCUAGAAUGCAUAGUUGCUGGAGGAAGAGUUUCCAGGGAAAAGGCUGAGGCUGAUGCUAAGCUCCUUGGAAAUUCUCUCCUGAAGCUGGAGGGGGAGGACCGUUUAGAUAUCAACUGCACUCUGCCCUUCAGUGACCAGGUGGUCUUGGUGGGUGCUGAGGAAGGCCUUUAUGCCCUGAAUGUGCUGAAGAACUCUUUAACACAUGUCCCAGGAAUUGGUGCCGUCUUCCAAGUGCACCUCAUCAAGGAUCUGGAGAAGCUGCUCAUGAUAGCAGGGGAUGAGAGGGCACUGUGUCUCGUUGACGUGAAGAAAGUUAAGCAAUCUCUAGCCCAGUCCCACCUGCCAGCCCAGCCUGAUGUCUCUCCAAAUGUUUUUGAGGCUGUGAAAGGAUGUCAUCUUUUUGCUGCUGGCAAGAUUGAGAAUGGGCUGUGCAUCUGUGCAGCGAUGCCCAACAAAGUGGUGGUUCUGCGCUAUAAUGAGAGCCUCAGCAAGUUCUGCAUCAGGAAGGAGAUUGAAACCUCGGAGCCCUGCAGCUGCAUUCAUUUCACCAGUUACAGCAUCAUCAUUGGAACAAAUAAGUUCUAUGAAAUCGAGAUGAAGCAGUAUACCCUUGAGGAAUUCCUGGACAAGAAUGACCAUACUUUAGCUUCUGCUGUGUUUGCAUCAUCCACCAACAGUUUUCCAAUCAAUAUCAUCCAGGUGAACCCUACAGGGCAGAGGGAGGAGUAUCUGCUUUGCUUUCAUGAGUUUGGCGUCUUUGUAGACUCCUAUGGAAGGCGCAGUCGCUCAGAUGACCUGAAAUGGAGUCGUUUGCCUUUAGCAUUCGCCUACAGGGAGCCUUACCUGUUUGUGACGCACUUCAACUCUCUCGAAGUGAUUGAGAUCCAAGCACGUGCCUCCCUUGGCACUCCAGCGCGAGCCCACUUGGAUAUUCCGAGCCCUCGCUACCUGGGUCCAGCGAUUUCAUCAGGAGCAAUUUACCUGGCCUCUUCCUACCAGGACAAACUAAGAGUUAUUUGCUGCAAGGGGAAUUUAGUGAAGGAAUCAAACAACGAACUCCACCGAGUGCCCUCUACUACGCGCAGCUGUCCACGUCCAUUGUUUUUGAAUGACAGCAGUCCGAACAAGAGAGGCCCCCCGACCUAUAACGAGCACAUAACCAAGCGGGUCGCGUCAAGCCCUGGGCCUCCGGAAGGUCCAAGCCACCCUCGGGAGCCAAGCACACCCCAUCGCUAUCGAGAGGGAAGGACGGAGAUGCGUAGGGACAAGUCUCCUGGGCGUCCGCUAGAGAGGGAGAAAUCUCCUGGCAGGGUCCUGAGCACCCGCAGGGAAAGGUCUCCUGGGAGGCUGUUUGAGGAGAGCAGCAGGGGACGGAUGCAGGUGGGGGGAGCAAGGACUCCCCUCUCCCAAGUCAACAAGGUCUGGGACCAGUCAUCAGUAUAAGCUACACAAGCCUCCCCUUGACCUUGAACUGCAGGAAGAGCCAAGGAAAUGUACUGAAUAGAUGCACUUCUUAACUUAGCUGCCCAGGUACCCACCCAGCCAACAGCACUGGGCCCAAAAUAAUUGCUCUGGCAACAGGAUCCGAUCCACCAGGACUCAAGUUGCUCGCAAGGAUCGUUUGCAUCUCAGUUUAUUUUCCUGCAGCUUCCUGCAGUUCGGUUUUUCUCUCUCCCCCCCCCCUCUUCUUUCCCCUUCCCUCUUUUUGAGCACUUUGUUACUACCGUUGCUCUUUCAAGCAGUUCAUGAACUUUUUAUACUUCGCUUUUAGCCUUUUACCAGCCCGCCCUCUCCCCGUCCCCAUCAACGGAAGUCAGAUGGGAUGGGGGAUCUCACCUAAGUCUUGAAAGGUGGGCUAUAUCAGCAUUUGGGAAGGAUGCUGGAAUUCCGGGAAGGCCCUUUAACCGGCAAAAGGCCACAGCGAUUCGUGUCUCCACGCCCAGCAUCAUUAGCUUCUGCUGUAGAGCUCUUAGAGAAAGCCUGAUCAAUUUAGUCCAUCCGCUCCUUCCAAAACCUUUUGGAAUUUAGGAUUCCCAAAGAAAGAAAAAAUACCCGUUAAGUGCAGCUCUGCCGUCAGCCGGGUUACAGGGAAGGGAACAUCCUGUUUUAGCUCUCCCCAAAUAUCCCAUGAUAACACAGAAUAAGUGGUCGUGAUCCACUUCUCUCACUCUCUCCUUCUGCACUAAAGCAGUAUGGAGGUGUAAAACCUCCCUCUCUUACCCAGGUUUUCUGCAUGGCAGCUUCCUGCAUGCUUCCUAUACACCACCAUCCUCCUGGCUGCAGUCUCCUUUUCAGUUGCUUUUGCUAGAUAUUGUAUCUUGUACCUCCCGUGUUAACUAAACUGAAGCCUUUAUAGAUUAUGCUGCAACAAUAACCAUCAUUGUUUACUGGGGAAACUGGCACUGAAGG